CCCGGCCGUUUCCGCCUUCCCCCGAAACUCUUUCCUUGCCCGCUCCUCGCGAUGGUCUCGCGAACCGUCUUUCACCGUGUCCUCCGGAAUGCUCGUCCACACCGGUCUCUGAGGAAUUUCGCCACCGUGCAUAACGCUGGUCCGUUCACGGAGAUUUCCCGUCUCUCUAACGGACUCACCGUCGCCACCGAGUCACACCCUCAUUCUCAGACUGCCACCGUUGGUGUCUGGAUUGAUGCAGGCUCUCGGGCUGAGACGGACGCAAAUAACGGCGCUGCACACUUUUUGGAGCACAUGGCCUUCAAGGGUACUGGGAAGCGGACACAGCAUGCGCUUGAGCUCGAGGUCGAGAACAUCGGAGCCCACUUGAAUGCUUACACGUCGCGAGAGCAAACUGUCUACUACGCCAAAAGCUUCCGCAAGGACGUUCCUGCUGCUGUCGACAUCAUCAGCGACAUUCUCCAGAACUCGAAAUUGGAGGCCUCUGCUAUCGAGCGUGAACGAGACGUCAUUUUAAGGGAGCAGCAGGAGGUAGACAAGCAGCUGGAAGAGGUCGUCUUCGACCAUCUUCACUCUGUCGCUUUCCAACACCAACCCCUGGGGCGUACCAUACUGGGACCGAAAGCAAACAUCCUUUCGCUCAAACAAGACGACUUGAGUUCAUACAUCAAGACGAACUACACUGCUGAUCGCAUGGUUCUCGUUGGUGCAGGUGGCGUCGACCAUGCUGAGCUCGUCAAAUUGGCCGAGCAGCACUUUUCUUCCCUCCCCGUCUCCCCUAAUCCCAUCCGCCUCGGUGGAUCCGCCCAUGCCAAGAAUAACUUCGUUGGAUCCGAGGUUCGCUUGCGCGACGACGAGCUGGGAGCUGCUCACAUCGCCAUCGCUGUCGAGGGUGUCGGCUGGUCAUCACCCGACUACUUUCCGAUGAUGGUUCUACAGAGCAUCUUUGGUAAUUGGGAUCGCUCUCUUGGCUCUGCCUCGCACCUUUCCUCUCGCCUUUCUCAUGCCAUCUCCUCAAACAAUCUCGCCAACUCCUUCAUGAGCUUUAGCACGAGCUAUGCUGACACCGGCUUGUGGGGCAUCUACCUCGUGAGCGAGAACUUCAUGAACUUGGACGAUCUCACGCAUGUGACGCUGCGCGAAUGGGCCCGUAUGAGUAUCUCGCCAACUUCUGUUGAGGUCGAGCGUGCCAAGAGCCAGCUCAAAGCUGGUCUACUACUUGGGCUAGAUGGAUCGACUGCUAUUGCGGAGGACAUAGGACGACAGCUCGUCACCAGCGGUCGUCGUAUGUCACCUCAACAGACUGAGCAGGCUGUUGACGCUGUCUCCGUGGACGACGUCAUGCGUGUUGCUAAGAAAUAUCUCUGGGACAAGGAUUUCGCUCUUGCUGCCGUUGGCAACAUUGAGGGUCUGUUGGACUACAAUCGUCUCCGCACCGAUAUGUCUCGCAUGACCCUGUAGAAAUCAUACAUAUAGAUCGGACCAAAAAUCCAAGCAGUCGCUCCUGCACUGGGUCACAAUUGUUUGAAAAUAUCAUCGUCAUCCUAGCGGCGUGGGAGGCAUUGUCGCACUCAUUCAGACCACACGCACUGCAGUGCGUAUGGUAAUUAUCUGUUAAUAUUCAGGACCUAGUAGUGACAUCCUAGCACGUAGUAGAUAAGGAAUGUGUGUAGCAGUCAAAAUGCGAGUUGAGUCGCCUCAUGAGGUGUCGUAUAGGUGAGUAUGUGUGGCGAGGAAUGUAGAUUUGGCUAGUGUACAACAAAUGCGCGGUUGACGCGAUGCAGAGAUAAGAUACAAUGCAAAAAGUAGGGGCGAAAUGGAGCACAACCAGAAAUCGAAUGUCGUGAAAACGUAUUUAUAUGAUGUCCCAGAGAUCCUCGAGGGCACAGCAAAACUAGACGAUGCUCAGAGCAAGGGCAAACGAUAUAUGACGCUACACACCUUGCCACACGCAACACUGGCACUCAGUGCGUACUCGCUGAUGCUAAUCUUCUCAUCCACGUAAGCGUCUGCGAAAUCAUCCCGCCCACGGGCCAUAGCGCCGACAAACACAGCGAUGUUGUGUGCGGGGGGUAACGUCUUCAGAUAGGAAGAUAGUCGCUGCGUCUUGGCAUCUCCUGAGAGCGCUAUUGACGUGUCAGAUGUACGAAAGGGGGAAUAAGAUAUUGAACGCACUCAAUUUGAUGGUGUUCGGAGGAAGAUGAUCGAUGAUCGGGUUUUUGACGACCUUGAGCAGCUUUUCCGGACCGUUGACCCCUCGGAUGGACAGUUUGUGCAGAAGCUGCACCAUCAGACCGCUAAAACGCUUGAAAGUUCGGGGAAUCCGAACGUGGGGGUUCACUUCGAUCAGGACGCCUUUCGCAGUGUGAAUGUAGACCUGGAGCAACCCAGCUUUGUUCAGCGGCGAGUCAAGUAGAGUGAGCAGACACUGGAGGGCAUUGUUAGCAAGAAAAAGAAGCACAUUUACAGCGGCUCACCUGAUGUGUGAUGUCUGGACGAGCGUCAGCGAUGUCUCGACCGGUCUUGGCAAGGAUGCCUUGAUGAUCGUCGCAAUUGAGCAGCGUGUAUUUGACUUCACCCUCCUGUCCGCCGCGCUUGCUCUUACCAGCGCCACCUGGCAGGCGAUAUGCUUCAAGACAUGCCUGCUCGAGAAUCACAUAGAGUCGCCGAUGAGAAGAGGUGAUGCUGGCACGAGGAACAUGCGCCUGAACUGGGAGCAUUGUGGGAUUGGCAGGAGGAAGGCGAUUAUUAUUUUGAGCAGAGUCCAUGGCACGUUCUGGGAGUUUGCGGGUAGGGCGGUCAGAGUCAAUGAGCGGCAGAUCCUUUUGGAUGAUCGUGAUGCCUCUGUCGAGAACUUUUUUCGUCGUGGUGGAAACGACUGGGAGAGAAGAGCCGUCUUCAGCUUCGGCUUCGUCUUCUUCUAAGACAGCAGGUUCGGCGUUGAGGCUGAGAUCCAGAUCGCUCGCGUCAUCGUCUCCGUGAGGAGGGCUUUGCUGACGGCGGCGCUGAGCGGGACGUUCACCUGGGGUACUUUUGGGACGCGGAGGUGGAUCAAGACGAAGAUCAGAGUCCUUUGGAGACGAUGAUAGUGAGCGGCGGCGGCGACGAGCAGGAAUGGGUAUGGGGCCGAUGGUCAUGGAGCGAAGUGAAAGCGCACUGGCAGGCAGAGGAAAAUGUGUCACUUGUGACAGCAGUGACCGAGAACACUGCCAGAACCUUGCGAACACUACGCGAUUCUCACGCAAUCUCGUCUACUGGACAUAAUCUUCCUACUCUUUUAUUGGCCUGUAUCAGCUCAGAAUCUAUUUCGACCAUCAUGUCGCCUGCAGCGCCGGAAUUGCCCCCUCAAAGCCAUCCACCGUUGGCACAACAUCCCUCUUUGAGCCGCGACCUGUGGGAUGCAUCAUCGGAAACACCGACACUGCUUCAUUCGCUGCAAGAGGCGCGCUCUGUUCUCAGCCUUGCGACGACCGACAAGUACAUCUUCUGUGGGAGCCAGAGUCAGGAGAUUCCUGUCUGGGAUAAGCAAACUUUCCGACUGAAAGAUCGACUUUGCGGCCACACGGGAGCGGUGUUGGCACUCGCUUAUGCGGAGGACCGGCGCUGGCUACUCAGUUCUUCGGGAGACAGUACUGUCAGGGUCUGGUCCACGGAGAACCUGUCUCCUUUGUACAUACUGUCCCCUCAACUUCACACCGGGACGGGGGACCUCUUCUCUCUCGCCUGGUGCCACACUCUGCAAACCGUUUACAUUGGCUGCCAGAAUACAUCUAUCCAGUGGCACUCCUUCAACUCAGAUGAUCAUGUCAUCAAUGCGUCUACGACACCAUCAGCCCGGAGAGAUCCUUCCUCUGGAACGUCGACGCCUUCACGAAAAGCUCAUCGGUUUUUCGAUAGUUAUCCACAAUAUGAGCGAAAGCCUGUCGACAUCUUCGCAAACAACGGAAGACCAAGUAGGGAUAAUUCACCCCAUCCCGACCCAACAUUACCUCCCCACGCAUACAUCGACAUCCCCGAAGACAGUGUUAUCGAGUCCGCGCACUACGGGUAUGUUUAUUGCAUGGCUCUUGUCGAAGAUGAAGAUGGCAAAACGAAGUUGGUUACCGGUGGUGGUGAUGAAUCAGUGAAGCUCUGGAACUGUUCCGUCCCAGAUGGGAUAUCGGAAAUAUGUGCCUUCGAAUGCAAUAGCGGAGCUGUAUUUUCGCUGGUUGCUAAAGACGAGACUGUAUACGCCGGAUGUCAGGAUGGGUCCAUCAAGGUGCUUGACCUGGAAACAAAGACCAUCGUUCGGAGUAUCAUUGGCCAAGAAUCCAUUGAUAUUCUUUCGCUGUCUAUUGUCAAAUCUGAUCUCUAUGCCUGUUCUGCGAACGGUUCGGUGCAGAGAUUCUCCCCGUCAUUCGAUUGUACAGCCUCCUGGAAAGCUCACGAAGGCAUUGUUCUUUCUUCAAUUGUUACGAAAGGGUUUUCCAACGAGCAGUUAUAUCUGAUCACGGGCGGAAAUGAUGAUUACAUCAAAGUAUGGGGUUUAGACAAUUCAAGACCUCUAGAGCCUGUGAAGCAUUUGACUCAUGGGCACACAACAGAUACAUUAACCUUUGCACUGUCAAAAUUUGUUUCUAUACCCAGUGUUAGCUCCAAUUCAUCAAAUCGGGAAGAUUGUCGGCAGGCUGCUAUCUGGCUCAAAAAGUGUUUUACACAGAUGGGUGGUACCUCAGCUCUUCUUGCAGCUGGCAAAGACAUCAAUCCUUUGGUUCUUGCAACCUUCAGUGGAUUAUGCACAAAAACAGCAUUGAAACCUCGACUCUUGAUAUAUGGGCACUAUGAUGUUAUUCCAGCUCCAUCAGAAGGUUGGGACUCAGAUCCCUUCCAUAUGAUAGGAAAAAAUGGACACUUGUAUGGGCGAGGUGUAACAGACAACAAAGGGCCUAUCCUUGCAAUUCUGUGUGCUGUUGCCCAACUACUAGCAGACCGAGCUCUUGAGGUUGAUGUUGUCUUUCUCAUUGAAGGUGAAGAAGAAUGUGGAAGUACAGGUUUCCGAGAUACAGUUCAAAAACAUAAGAAAUCUAUUGGCCACAUUGAUGCAAUUCUAGUCAGCAACUCAACCUGGAUUGCUGAAGACACACCCUGUAUCACCUAUGGACUACGUGGUGUAAUACAUUGUGCAAUUGAAAUCACUAGUGAUUCUCCUGAUCUUCACUCAGGCAUUGAAGGUGGUGCUGUAGUGGAACCCUUACUUGACAUGGUCCAUUUAUUGGCAUCCCUGACUGAUUCGCAUCAUCAAGUGCUUAUUCCAGGCUUUUAUGAACAUGUCAGAGAAUUAACUGCUGAGGAGAAUCUGCUCUACCAGCAGUUAGAGAGUAUGAUUGGUCGCACAGCCACAUCCUGGUCCUCUCGCUGGAGAGAACCCUCAAUGACUAUACAUACAGUAGAGAUAUCUGGGCCUAAAAAUUCUACUGUGAUCCCUGGAACAGUUAAAUCUCAGGUGUCAAUCAGAAUUGUGCCAGACCAAGAUCUGGAUACUGUGGCUACAUCUCUUGCCCAGUAUCUACACAAAUCAUUUGAGCAAUUAAACUCGCCUAAUCGGUUCAAAGUUUCAAUUGAACACACUGCUGAUUGGUGGCUUGGUCAGCUUGAUGGAUUCUGGUUCCAAGCUCUAGAAGAGGCUGUUCAAGAAGAAUGGGGAGUAAAGCCAUUGCGGAUCAGAGAAGGAGGGUCUAUUCCCUCUGUUCCCUAUCUUGAAAAGGAAUUCAACUGUCAUGCAUUGCAUCUUCCAAUGGGACAAAGUUCAGAUCAAGCUCAUUUGCCUAAUGAACGGAUAUUACUGGAUAAUUUGACAAGAGGAAAAUCAGUUAUUGAGCGAUUUCUGAUCACUAUAGGCAACUACUUUUCUACAAAACAUUGUACAGAACUGUAAUUUAACAUUUUUGUUGUGUUAUCACACUAAAGCCAAA